GCCUGGAUUAGCUCCAUCCCACCUCGGAAAUACCAACCAGGUGCUGCAGCUCGUCCUCGCCGCUCUCCGUUCAUCUCUCCGUGCUGUUCUCUCGGAGCUCCCUCGGCUCCCCCCGCCCUCUCCUCUCCACUCUGUGACUGGAUCAGUCCUGCAGUAAACAGCAUCGAUGUCCGGCCGCUGAGUUGAAGCCCUCCGGUCCCUCAGCCUGUGGAAGCAGCUUGCAUGGCUCCCGGCCGGCCAGCCGGACAAUAGACAGCCCGCCCGGCCACUGCAGCAGCAGAGGCAGCAGCAGCAGCACCGUCUCCUCCUCCUCCUCCUCCUCCACCCGGGGAGGCUUUGUGAGUGAUCCUGCCCGGGGUCCCUGCAGCUCUGUGCGCCGCUCCAGAUGGCUGGACACGAGUGGGAGGACUGGUUCGAGCGGGAGGAAUUUAUCGGGCAGAUCAGCGACAUGCGGGUCCAGAACCUGCAAGUGGAAAGAGAAGUGGUUCAGAAGAGGACCUUCACCCGAUGGAUGAACCUACAUUUGGAGAAGUGUGACCCACCGAUUGAGGUUCAUGACCUUUUCCGAGACAUACAGGACGGACACAUCCUCAUGGCCCUGCUGGAGGAGCUCUCUGGCUGCAAGCUGCUUCAUGGGUUCAAAAAGUCCUCCCAUCGUAUUUUCAGACUCAACAACAUCGCCAAGGUCCUCUCUUUCCUGGAGGAGAGAAACGUGAAGCUGGUCAGUAUCGAUGCAGCUGAUGUUGCUGAUGGAAACUCCUCCAUCAUCCUGGGGCUCAUCUGGAACAUCAUCCUCUUCUUCCAGAUUAAGGAGCUGACCGGAAACAUCAGGAGUCAGUUCCCCUCCACCUCCAGCCUGUCGUCCAUCCCCACCAGCUCCGACUCUGACACGUCCUUCUGCAGCACGCCAUCUGAAGAGAGACAGUCAGCGUCCAUGGCCAUGCGAGAACAUGGCAAGGCCAUCAAGAAACUGCUGCAGUGGGUACAGAAGCGAACACGCAAGUUUGGUGUGGCGGUGCAGGACUUUGGGAAGAGCUGGACAAGUGGUCUGGCCUUCUUGGCUGUCAUUAAGUCCAUUGACUCUAGCCUUGUGGACAUGAGGAAGGCAUUGCUUAGGACGGCCAGAGAGAAUCUAGAGGAUGCCUUCAGGAUAGCCCACUACAGCCUGGGUAUCCCACGCCUCCUGGAGCCUGAGGAUGUGGCUAUCAACCCACCAGAUGAACAGUCAAUCAUGACAUAUGUGUCGCAGUUCCUAGAGCACUUCCCAGGCAUAGAGGAGCCGGAGGACCACUGCCAGGUGAUUGAAAGAAGCAUCUCCAUGUGCCGACUCAACUUCCGCGACAGCGACUUGGACUACAUGAGGAAUGGUGCCAACAGAAGCAGAGUGAGGGAUAGGUCCUAUAUGUUCCAGAGGGACUCUGCCAAACCUCCACCCAAAAUCUUGGUUUCCUCUGUGUCAGAAGACAGAAGCACCAUGCCAUCUUCCUUCAGACGGACUGCAGCUCGCUCGUGGUCCAGUGAGGACUUCUUGGCCGAUUCCCCCCAUAUGGAGGACACCAGCAACAGUACGGUCGAAAAGCCCAAGGAAACUUCCAGUGAGGUCUUAAUCAACUCAACCUCUAACUCCCCCCAACAGACUUACGCUCACUCACCUACUGGCUCAUCAGUGCCUGAGUCUGUCAACACUGAGUCAGUAAUUGAAGACUCUGCAAUCAGCUCACCAGACUCCUGGGUGGAGAGCGAGUUUGGGGUCACGCCAGAGAAGCUUUGCGAGAGCCGAAGUGACAGUUCUCUGUGCGACAGUGGAACAGCCUGGGAUGUGUACCGCGCUACCCCUGUGGAGAUCACCACUCUCGAUGAAGGAUUUGUCCCAUCCGCGGAGGAUAAAGCCCCGGAUGAUCAGUCGAUCACAGACUCGUAUAUUGAUGAAGGGAUUUACUCAAUGAGCACAUUGGAGAGCUUGCAGGAGAGAACUCAAGGGGAUUCUGGGGAAAAGCAAGCAGAAGUGACGAGGGAGGAAGAGGCCAACCUUGAGAAGCACAACCAGGACACAGCACUAAAACCGAGAGAGGAAGAAUCUUCUUCUGGACUGGCUGAUGCAGAAGCACUAGCCAACUCUGGUUUUGAUGAUCUCCUCGAAACUAAAAAUAUAAAUAACCAGUCCCAACCUGCCUCCAACACUGACCUACCACCCUCUGACCAUUGUGAAGUACUUGUGAAGCAAACCAGUGUUGAACAGAGCACUGGAGAACCUUCAAAGAAAGCUGUGGACUUCACUGGAGAUACUCAAGACCACGCAGGACAAAUUAAUGGUCAAACUGAGAGUCAGGAUGAGAGAAAGAAUAAAUCUGAGGAAGUCGAAGUGGAAACCAAGUGUCAGAAAACAAAGGCUUCUUCAGAUGUGACAAGACUGGAGUCAGGUGAGGGGUCAGGGAUUUUAGAGGAGAGGGAUGAAGGGAUUGCAGAAACAGAAGACAAAGCAAGUGAAGGAAUUCUAAAAGAAUACACAGCUCCUAAAGAAAGCUUCAGCUCAGAGAUAUGUGAUGCUUUAGCAAACACAUCUCCAGCCAACCAAGACGGAGCCUCAAGUUUGGACCCAAGCAUCGGCAUGAAUAUCCCUCUGAUCUCUAUUUCCAGUGAGCCAGAGCAGCAGAACGAAGAGGGAACAUGUGACCCAGAAAGACGAGCUCAAGCUGGGGAUGAUGAGGCACAUCGGGGAGAUGCAGCUGACAGUAAGGGAACUGACACAGAUGUUAACAGCCCGCAAAGUCCAGAUGAAUCGAGCUGUUACUCCAGUGACAAUAAAGACAAAAACUCUGUCGACAUUCUUUCCAGUCCGGUAUCAGAAAGUGUGAAACCAACAUCUUCAGAACAAAUAAGAGACAUUGAAAUUGGACAUUUGGGUGACACGGAUGAACCCAACAUCAGCAGAUCAUCAAACUCAGACAUAUGCGGGCCAGACUCAAUAGAUACCAGUGAAAGAAGUGAAGCCAAACAGGAAUGUGAGUCUCCUCAGCAUGACUCUCAGACAGGUAACACCAAGAGUGACUUGACAGCUCAGACAUCUUCUUCAGAUGUUAAAUCUCAACCAGAGAAUACUGAGCAAGAAAAAGAUCUGACUGAUCAACUGGAUGGAGUCCAGGUCAGACUGGGUCGCUCCUUUUCUGACAAAGAGACAGCUGCCACGCCGCAGAACACAGUGGAUGCAGUCGACUCAAAACCAAACGGUACCACAGGCAGUGUGCCCGGCGACAUGGACUUGUUUUACACAGGCUUUGAUCGAAAUUCUCCCACAGAUGAUUUAGUUGGCGACCCUGUUGAACCCAUGGAUCUGUUCUACCCUGACAAAGAGGAUCCCAUGUUCACAGAGCCACCUGAUACCGAGAUGCAGAGUUGGCCAUCUGUUUUGAGCGUAUCUCCUCUCCAGCCAGCACCGACUUCAGAGAUGCUGCCAGAGGACCAACCGCUCACCCUGCAGGGUGAAGAUUUCAGGAAUGGAGUAGAUUCUGUCCAAGAGAAGGACGAGGCAAAUAUGAUCACCAAGACGAGCCAGGAGACAGACAAAGCAUCUGAAUCCCAGGAACACUGCCUGUUGCCCGGGGAGAAGACAGGAGGUCUCCGGGGUGGUGAUGUUCCAGUAGAUGGCAGUGAUCUCAGUGAGGCUGAGCAGCAGAUCUCAGGCCCUGCCGGGGGAAGCACAGCGCCUGUGAGGAUUGACACUUUAAGGUCCAGCAGACAAGAUGAAAGCCAGAUCCCAACAGUCCUCCGGCACAGAAAGGGGCUCCGCUUCACCGAGUCCACGGACAAUCAGCCUGCAGCGACCAGAAGAGCUGACGAUGGAGACUCCAAUCUGUGGUGCAGUGACAGCUGGGAGCUCUAUCUGCUGCUGCUGCUGUGGCUGCUGCUCUACUGCUGGUGGCUGCUGCCCCAGAUGGAACUGAAGACUCUGCCCAGCCAGCUGCUGAACCUCAACCACUGAGACGCUCACACACAGACACACACACACAGAUACGUACACAGCUACAGGAGAAUAUAGUCAAAUAUAUACACUUUAACGCACCAACCAACACGCACACAAACAUACACAAACACACGCAGCUCAACUGCCACUUCUCUUUCCUCUUCACCACACUAACUGUACUCCAGAUCCAGUGAAGGCAUUUAAAGAUGUGUAUUUUAAACUACUACAGCUUUUAUAGGUUGUUGCUUUUUAGCUUUUAAUGUGUCUUGAAGUAACCUGUCUGACGGUGUGUCAGGACCACAAACUGACGCCUGGGACUGAAGGACAACACUGCAUAUUCUGAGGAAAGGUCACAAUACUAUGAAAAGAGUUAUGAAACACUCAUAACGUUGCGGGAGUAAAAUGGCAAUUUUACAAGAAAAAGUCAUAAUAUUUCAAGAAUAAAUGAUUCAGAGAAACAAAGUAAUAAGAGUUAAAGACUAAAGUUAAUAAAUCUUAAGAGACUGAAGUUGUGAAUGUAGGCAUGAAAGUCGUAUUAAAGGUGAAACUCAUUACAGUUAAAGGUGCAAUUUGUAAGAACUGGCAACCAAUUAAAUUCAUACUAAAACAACAGGGGGCAGCACAUCACCCGAGUCACCGCUAACUGCUGCUAACUGUAGCUGCCUUUAGCUCAGUUAGCUGUGCAGCUAGCAGUUCUGACUGGGAGCUUGCACAGCAGAUAUCUCUACACUCUGUUGCUCGUUUUAGUUUUGAAUUUCUUUGACUAAAUUUCUUCCAUGUUGCCCCUUUUAAGUUGUAUUUUCUUGCGAUCACAGUUUAUAUGAAUUUAAUAGUUAAGUUUUUCUGUUGUGAGAAGAAGGUCAGAAUGUUAAAGAGUCAUUUUUAAUAAGAGAAAAUGUUUGUCUUGACAUGAAGACUUUUCUUGUAAAGUUGACACUUUAUUUUCAACAUGCUUACUAUGACUGCGCUCAUUAUUACUAUUUACUCUAACACAUAAUGUUUGUUUUUGUGUUACAUUAUAAUAUUCCUCAGAGUGACCCGUAACAUAGCCGUAUCUUAGAAUAUGACAGUGUUGUCUGCAGUCUGAGGACAGCGGCCUGAUGUUCUGAUCCAGAUGUGCUCCUGUUGUAAAACACUAUAGAGGUUUGUGGUUUAUUGCUUUGCAGAGCGGACCUUGUAAGAAUAUAACACUGCACAGCACUCUGUAAAUAGAAACAGGACAUGCUAGGCUGUAUGGAUGCACAGUUGCCUCUCUGAAUAGCCAUUUAACCCUGAAGGAGAAGUUGAAGUGCUUCAGCCUGAUGAUACAAACUGGAGACGAUGAAGCUGAAGCUGCAGAAUGAAAACAAGAAUAUAUAUGUAAAUAUAUCUGCCAUUAGGCUCAUGGGCUUAUAUACCUGUACUAACACAACCAGAACGAAUCAGCCUGACUGAAGGGGACUUUGGGUCUGUUGCACUUUAGAAAAGAAUUCAAACUGCCAAAGAUAGUGUUGAACAGAGAGUACACGACUUGCCACGAGCCAACAGUGGACGUCUUGUUUUUAGUCUGGACAGCUUCUGUACUAAAGCCUCAGCCCAACUCCAUCACUAUGUUGUACAAUAGUCCAGGCAGAACAUGUAUUUGUAAUAUUUUAUGGCUCAUAAGAUGUGUGAAUGGAUUUUUAAAGUUUUAUGACACAGAAAUGUUUAAAAGCGAUGGAGCUCUGCUUGUCUGGCCUUGCCAGUGGAAAGAGAAUGUUUUACAUGAAAUAUCUUUCUAUAUGUUAUUUUUGAACCAUGUCUGUAGUGAAGCACUCUGACCAGGUGGAUCUGAUCGUUGUUCCACACCAGCCCGCCUGUGGUGACGUGUCCGUUUACUGUUACUGAAUAUUAGUACAGCUCCUCCUCCAGCCUCCAGACUGAGGGGCAGCAAAAAAAAGCCAUUCAUUCCAGCCCAGAACCAACCGGGUCAGCCUGCAGCACAGUGCAUCAGUCACAUCUCAGGAGUGUGUGUGUGUGGAUGUGUUUUUUGUACUUUACCCUUGUGAGAACUAGAGCUGUGUCCCAGCUCCAUACUGACCCACUGCACAGGUCCAAUUUCUACCGGAACACUUUCAGAACAGACUUCCCGGCUGUCCCACGGUGAACAUGGAGCUUCUCUCUAACUUUAACAGACUUCUUUGCUGCUCAGGUAAACGUCAAGUCUCGCAUUCAAAAAGCCUGCGAAGUAGGCUACACAAGUAUUAUCUGCACAUGUACCGGACAUAUCUAAAAUAAAAAAAUAAAAAAAAAAAGUUCAUAUCUGGC